GCUAAAUUACCAACAAAGCCAUGGACAGGCUGGGAUCACGGUGCCCUCUGCCAGGCUACUCGCGGCCUUCUGUCCUCAUAUGCUUUCUGAUCCUGGCAACUUCUUUUCUGAUGUACCCCAUGCUCAGGACCCUUAGCCUACAGCUUCACUCAGCCAUCACCGGCAGCUAUAUCUCUGGCACACACUCCAUCGUCUUUGUCAACUGUCCCAACGAGCAAAUUGCUAGAGACAUUGCCAGGGGCAUACUGGAUAAGAAACUGGCUGCCUCUGUGAACAUCUUGCCCAAGACAUCUUCACUUUUUUUAUGGAAGGGAGAAAUAGAAGAAGCCACUGAGGUCUUAUUGUUAAUAAAGACAAAAACUUCCAAGGUCCUCAUGCUGUCUGGCUUUAUCAGGUUGGUGCAUCCUUUUGAAAUCCCAGAGGUCUUCAGUCUUCCCAUGGACCAAGGAGAUGUGCACUAUUUAAAGUGGCUUGAGGAGGGCAUGGAGGAAGACUGAGUAGGGAAGCUUCUGGUGCGUGCUGCUGGCUGCCUCUAUCCCUCAGCUGCUGAACUCUGGCUGCAAGGCCACCUUCAGCUCACAGUGGGACUCCCAUGGUCAAGACACUGAUUCCAACCCAUGCUGUCGUCUGAACUCCCCUAGAAGCUGGAAGCACCCCCAGGCACUUCCUUCCUUCCAACACUGGCUGCAUGGCCCUGAGCUGCAGAGGCAGUUCACACCCAGGCCUGUUCUUGGGGACUGUCUGCUGGGAGGCACAAGGCCUCGUACUGAGGAGUAGACUGUGCCUGGGUCCCAAUGUAUGUGAAUGUGAAGGGGCAGCCUCUCGAUGUACUCUGGGCCCUGGUUACACACGGAGCAGAAGAACAGGCUCAUUGAGGCAUUGUGUGCAGGCCUCAUGGAACCACUGCCUGCAUCGAUAACACUGCAGCAUCCGCAGAUACCAUCUGGAGAGGAAGAAGAAACACGGUCAGCCAUGUUCACAAUUAGGCAUGAGGCUCAGCAGCUGUGACCUCCACCCAAAGAGAAGGAAGGGAACUCCCAGAUACUAAGCACUCAGACUGUGCCUGGAGGUUCUGGGAGCCAGGCGUAUGCCACUUCGUUGGACCUUACCAUCUGGCCGAAGAUGAACAUUGCCCCCAUAUUACAGAUGAGUUAGAGAAUAAAUGGCUUGCUCAAGGUCACUCAGAACGUGGAGGAUGGUGACUCAAAUCCUGGUUUCCUCAAUUUCAAAGCCCGUGUUCUUCCUGCCAUGCCAUAUCAGAGCCCCCACCUCUGGCCUGUGUUUGUUCCCCAAACAUCACAGACAUCCUGAGAGACUCAUGGAAGAAUAAUGGUUCCUGUAAAGCUGCAUGGGGGCAGGCCUACACCUAUUGUUUCUCACCUGGUACUGUAACUACCCCAUUAAGGCUAUUCAACAAUUAGUAUCUGGUUGUGAAUGAAGGGCAAAAAGAUAUUCCCUUAACAGCCAACAUUCUGCACUUUGUCAGGUGUGGUCCAGGGUAACCUGCAGGUUCCUUGGUCCACUUCAGACCUUUGCAAUCUUUGGGGAAGCCUCCAGGAGAUGCAUCCUUAGC